CUUAGAUUAAGCUAAACGCUUCCGUAAAGGAAGCAUGGGCGUUGAUAUUCCUGAUGCUUCAUCUUUUGCACAAAAAGUCCCUUGAUUUCGUCGCUGCGAAAGGAGCCAUCCGUCGCAUUGUCUCCCGACUGCGCUUCACCACUCGUCGGCAUCGCUAUUCGACGAUUCACACCAAUGCUGCAAUGGACGCUCCUUACGCACAUGAAUUACACAUCGCUGAAUUGGCCGUCCAUCAAGCGUCGUUGCUUACUAAAAGGGUUCUCCAAGCCGUAGACAAGGGCUCAUUAUCCAAGAGCGACAAAACGCCCGUGACGGUGGCCGAUUUCGGUUCGCAAGCUCUCCUCAUCAGUGCGUUGCACCAUGCAUUCCCCAACGAUGGCUUCAUCGGCGAGGAAGAUUCAUCGGCGCUCCGCAGCAACUCAGAAUUGCGAGAACGAGUUUGGGAUCUGGUCAAGAGCACGACGCUCGAAGGGGACGAUGCGACCACGUUGCAUCACCCGGGCUCGGCGGACGAGAUGAUGGAAAUGAUCGAUCUGGGAGUGAACGCCGCGCCCGACAGUCGAAGAACAUGGGUGAUGGACCCAAUCGAUGGGACCGAGGCGUUCCUCCGCGGCGAGCAAUAUGCCGUGGCGUUGGCUCUGCUGGUCGACGGGGUGCAGAAGGUCGCGGUCUUGGGAUGCCCAAAUCUGGUCCUCGACGACGGGCGGUUCUCCGAGACCGUGACGGAUCGUGCGGGAUAUGGGUACCGUCUUUUUGCCGUCCAAGGACGCGGAGCGUUCAUGCGCAAAAUCAGCGAUCGGAGUGACCCGGUGAAAGCCGUCAACCUCGCCGAUCCGGAGGCAGAUGCGUCAGUCAAGCGUCUGAGAUUAAACCAAAAUCUCCCGGUCCGGCCCAGAUUCGUGGACUGGGAAGACAAGAGCAUGGAUGUGGUUCGCUGUCGAGCCGUGGCAAAGGAGCUGGACGGCACCUGGGUGCACACGUCCGCGUAUGCGGCGCAACUAAAGUACGUGGUGAUCGCGACCGGAUGCGCCGAUAUCUUGACGCGCUACUUCAAGAGCCGAGACCGCAAAUCGUUCAUCUACGACCAUGCCGGUGGCAUUCUCGUGGCUGAAGAGGCCGGUGCCGUGGUCACGGACUUGGAUGGAAAGAAGAUUGAUUUCACCACAGGACGGAGGCUUUCGGCGAACUAUGGCUUUGCGGUUGCUGUGCCACUUUUACAUGCAAAAGCAAUAAGGGCUUUGAAAAUUCAGUUCCAGGGGUGAAGGCGUCGAUACCCGUACUUUCUGGCUUGUCAGAGUCGUCUCCUGAAUGCGCAGCAAUUCAUACUGAGUGGAAGCUGGAAUUGCAAUCAGGGGAACUAGCCACAGGGUAUUUGGCAAUGAAUUGGACUAGAGUGGCGUCUCCGGCGAUUGAGAACACCGGUGCCACAAUGGAUCGAUGGGUUUAGAUAAGUCACUUAUAUGUGGAAUGAGCGUACUCUUAGAUGAGUUGUUAGAGUCUUAAGAUAGUCAUAUCAUAAACAUCAGUAAUACAUUGAAGGUGCCACAGCA